UACUUUCUCUUAUUUCUUACCACAUGCCUCAAACUUUGACAUGUUGUCACUGGGGUCCUAGAACAGCUGCUGUCCUUCCUAGCCGGCCACACAUCUAAACCACUACUGGGCGCUGUCGGAAGGAGUGGGUGUGUUUCUGCGUGUCUAGCCUCCCACUUGUCAGUCUCUUUGGGAAGGAGGCACCGUAGGAAGGCAUGUCCACAAACUCCUCCUCCCUCAUUGCUCUUUUUUACACACAAGCAAACCCAGCUUCUGUUAUGGCAUGGGAUGCACGCUGGCAUUUACCAAAGACCCGUGGCAUGCCACUCUCCCUGACAGCGCCUCCCUGCCUCUUCAGGAGACUGACCUAGCUGAGGGCAGACUGAAAAGGACCGUGGCAAACCCACUCUCAAAUCAGCAAGACAAAGUUGAGGGGGAAACUGCUGAACAUGUAAGAUACCAAAGGUCCAACCAGAUAACAACGAGCUGAGGAACUGAAGAGAAGAAAUGAUGGAAAGGCAAAACGGUAAUCUCUCAUCUCAUAAAACAGCUGAGAAUGGAAUUAAAGGGAAGCCCCCAUACUCAGUGGAAACUCCUUAUGGUUUCCGACUCGACCUGGACUUCUUGAAAUAUGUCGACGACAUCGAGAAAGGGAACACCAUCAAAAGAGUUCCAAUUCAGCGCAGAAGCAAGGGACCCCGUGCAAGCACUCUACCCAGGAACCUCAACCCUUCUGGGUGUGGCUACCGCCCGAGCCCCUGGGGAUCCACUGGAGCCCUUGGCCCCAGGUCUCGUGUGUCAGAUGCUCAUCAUCAUGGCUACACAUCUUGGGCAUUAAAUCACAGGCGGCCCCUCUCUCCCACAGGGCUACAGUCUCUGGCAGAGAUGGAGGCCAGAAUCAAGGAGUUUGAUGAGCAACCUCUUGGGGAACACAUCAGACCUCAUCUCCUCCGUGCCUCCAGUCUGCCUCUCACAGUGUUACUAAGACAGGGGUCGGAGUCCACAGAUGAUGCUGGGAGCCUGCGGAGCUCGAGGGAUUACCUCGAAGGAAGAAACACCUCAUGUGAGGACGUCUUCUACUCUCCAGACAGCCCUCGCCCACAGGACUCCUCGGGGCUGUUGAGGCGCCUGACUGAGGCCCUUGAACGUGUUGGGGAGCUGGAGAAUGAGAUGAGGGUCAUUCCAGAGCUGAAGGCACAGAUCUGUAUCCUCCAGGAGGAAAGGGAAAGGCUUCGUCUUGGCUUGAGUCAGCAUAUUCAUCACUCCUCAAUGAAUGGAACCACAGACUCUUAUUACAGCAAAGUGGACACCAAGAGGCCUCGGCAUGAAAGUCACGUCAUGUUUCCCAGUGUCACGUUCCAAGAUGAAUCAAAUUCGACACAUGAGUGGAGGACAAGUACAGAUCUGGACGAGCUGCUGACGGUGACCUCCCUGCAGGCCAAAGUAGCUGUACUUGAGCAGAAGCUCCAUGAGACUGGCCUGGAGCUCCAGAGAGCAUUAGGGAUGCUGAGAGAGCAGCAGGACGAGAGCAGGAGAAAAGACGAGAAGAUAGAGCAGCUUAUCAGAAAUCCUGCUGUGUGGGUCCGUGCAGAGCGGGUGGUUGUGGAUCAGGAUGGAGAUGAGAGUGUGGUAAGACCCACUGAACAAGCUCAUAAUCAAGUGUCCUCCUUCAUCAGCACGGGAACUGUUACCACAAAUGGUCAAAGACGUCGGGAGCAGGACUCGGUCUUCAGUUCAAAAUCCACAGAGAGAAGUCCACUAAUGCCUGUGGAACCUGCUGAUUCAGAUGAGGCUACAGACACAGCGGUGGUCUUCCACCACAUAAAGAAGAUCAAGAGUCUCUUGGAGCAGCAGUGGGAAUGUUUGUGUGCAGGGACUGAAUCAGCUGAAGUGGGUAAACCCCUAAAGCACCCAGAUCCCAAAGUCAACUCUCUGCAGCAGGAGAUGAUGGGGCUUGUUGGCAUCCUCGCAUCCAACUACAAACAGUACGGACACGGUGAUGGAGGGAAAGUUAAACAUGGAGCCCCUGAAUCCAUCCCAGAGACAGACGGAUGUGCCCGGACGUCAAAAAGCCUUCAUUCUGAGGGUGUUAAUGAAGGAUGGAAAAUUGCUGCAAGUGGAAAUCUGGUUGGUCAGGACAGUGUUAACCAGAGUGUUCAUGGUCCGGAGCGCAACACUGGCCCCAGGGAGAUGGCAGCUGCCCGGGUGGGUCCGAACCCAGAGAAAAGGGGGACGGAGGGGAAGAGGCAAACGGGUCCAGACAGUCUGAUGAUAUCAGUAGGAACAGGAUCGGAACAGACAGAUGGAAGCGUAGCGUCUGUGGGAGCUGACGUUCGAGAGAAAAGUGCCAAGUUGAAAGCGUGGCCCCCAGGAGAACAGAUGGAGGGGAAUUCUGGCUCAGAAUCAAUCACCAGGGGCAGAGAGUCAGUCAGUGCAGAUUUUAUCACUGCUUGUCACUUCCUCAAAGACCACAUGGACAACAUGGAUAACCCCAAUGAUGAUAUGAGGAAAGCCCUGGUCGUGUUGUUCCAGCACUGGUUCAGUGCGGCAGCAGAAGAGGUGUCUGUGGCCAGCAGGGUGGCUGCGUACCUGAAAGAAGUCAAGAAGGCAACGCCCUCUCUGCUGGCCUUCCUGGUCAACCUGGCAGACGACAACGGCAACACAGUGCUGCAUUACAGCGUAUCCCACUGCAACUACAGCAUCGUCAGCCUGCUGCUGGACACAGGUGUGAGCGAUGUGAAUGUUCAGAACAACUCUGGCUACACACCAGUGAUGCUGGCCUCACUGACAACCCCCGAUGGGCCCGGUGGGAUGGAGGUUGUCCGCAAAUUAAUGGAGCUGGGCAACAUUAACGUUCGCUCCAGCCAGACGGGCCAAACAGCUCUGCACUUGGCAGUGAGGCACGGCCGAGUUGUGAUGGUUCGCCUGCUGCUGAGCUGCGGGGCGGACGCCAACAUUCAGGACAUGCAGGGAACGACGGCCCUGAUGUUCGCAUCUGAGAGGGGCCACACACACAUCGCGAGGCUGCUGCUGGAGAGAAGCCAGUGUGACCUCAUGCUGACUGACAAGCGAGGUCAAACUGCACUCUCUGUCGCCAUGCAAGGUUCCCACACGGACACAGCGGCUUUGCUAAAGGCCCACGCUAAAGCUCGAGCUCUGUAGACCUGGGAAACUAGAAGAUCUGCAGACCUCCUCACGCAUGGCCUUUUCUGUCUACAACACUUUCAUACGCAGGCUGAAUCGCUUCUUUCGUGAUGUACUGUAUUCUGGACUUCUGCAUGAGCAUUAGCUUUAGAUGUGGAUUCUACAUCAUCAGUAGAGUGAGGCAAAGCUUAGAUGGGUGUGAGAUGGCGCCACGGUCGAUGGUGCACUAAAGAGUGAAUAUGUUUUCUAUCGUUUUUGUUGAUGUUCAUAGUUAUCUCUGAUCUUUGCACAUCCAAGUCGCAGCUUAACUCUACAAACUAUGCAACUGAGAAAAUAUUUAUUAUGAUCUGUUUGUUGUAUUGAUCACAUUACUGUUAAACAUAUCUAAAGGUUUGUGCUUAAAAAAAAUAUCUAUUUGUUUUUAAGGGAAACUUAGAGUUUACAAGAGUUUUGCUGCAACAAAGUGCCUUUCAAAAUAAAAUGCUUGCAAAAGACUCGUCCCAUGCUGCAUGCCAGUCAAAUUUUAGGAAAUUAACGGUGCCAAUAAACCAACCUGUUUGACUCACUAGUAA